GUCAUUGGCUCCAGCAGCUUCCUCCUCCCUCUUGGUUUCCUUCUUCUUCAGCUCAGACGCUCAAAGUGUUUCAGUGAGAGAAGAAAGAGAGGACAGGUGAACAUGCAGCUCUUCCUGGCUCUCUGCUUUCUGCUGGGAAUCCCCAGCGGGGCUCCAGAAAUUCACUCUCUCAAGUAUUUCCUGACUGCUUCAACUCAAGUUCCGAACUUUCCAGAGUAUGUUGAAGUUGGUUUGGUGGAUGAACAUCAGAUCACUCACUUCGACAGCAACACCCAAAGAUUUGUGCUCAAACAGGACUGGAUGAAUCAAGUUACAGAAGAACUUUCAACAUACUCGGAGAGAGAGACUCAAAGGAAUCUGGCAACUCAGCAGUCCUUCAAAGGAAACAUCGAGAUUGCGAAGGAACGAUUCAACCAAACUGGAGGUCUUCAUCUUGUCCAGUACAUGUAUGGUUGUGAAUGGGACGAUGAAACUGGUGAAGUGAACGGAUAUGAACAGUUCGGUUUUGAUGGAGAAGAUUUCCUCAUUUAUGACCUGAAGACAGAAACCUACAUCGCUCCAGUUCAACAGGCUGUUCCCACCAAACACAACUGGGACAAUGACAAAGCUCUGAUAGCUUAUACGAAAAACUACCUGACCACAGACUGUGUUGAUUGGCUGAAGAAGUAUGUGGAGUUUGGUCGGAGCUCACUGAUGAGAAAAGAUCUUCCCUCAGUGUCUCUCCUCCAGAAGACUCCCUCCUCUCCGCUCACCUGCCACGCUACAGGUUUCUACCCCGACAGAGCCGACUUGUUCUGGAAGAAAGACGAGGAGGAGCUCCAUGAGGACGUGGUCAAAGGAGAGAUCCUCCCCAACCAUGACGGGAGCUUCCAGAUGAGCGUUGAUCUGGAUCUUUCAGGGCUCAAAGAUGAAGACUGGGGGAGGUACAGCUGUGUGUUUCAUCUGGCUGGAGGACAGGAAGUCUCCAAGAGACUGGACAAACGGGACAUCAGGACCAACUGGAAGACAAAUGAUGGAGGGGUUAACAUUGGAGCUGUUGUGGGAGGAGUGUUGGGAGCGAUUGCUGUUGUGGUCCUGGCAGGCUUUGGAUUCAUCAUCUACAAGAAGACACAACCUAAAGGUUCCAGAGGUACCAGCAAAUCUGACACUUCCUCUUCAUCAGGAGAAGAAGCCAUGCAGAGCAUGUUAAAAACCUCUUCAUGAAGGAAGAGUCCAGAGAGGCUCCAGUCAUUGAGUCUGAUGGAGCAAGAGCCAAAAGAAAUGAUGGAGAAGUUGCUGAUUGCUCCACUUUGAGCUGCUCUCCAGGAUGAAACAUGAAAUGAAUGAGUUUCCAUUUUCUUAAUAUCAGUGUGAAGUGAUGAGGAGGAGGGGAUUACGGUAAUCCAGGUUGUCUUCACUAGAUUAGAACUGAUGUGUUGAGCGAGUUUCUCUCCUCCACUGAUUUCCUCCUGACUAAACUAUUGAUCUGCUUCAUUCACUUGUUGCUUCUCUUCACUUCCUUCUGAUCUUUUCUUGGUUUUAUUUGAUCUCAGAUGGUGAAAUGUUUUCUUUGCAGAAACCAGGAGCUUUUUCCUUUAAUGUGUCAGUUCCUCAGAUUCAUUGUUGGUUUCAUGAGAUGUUGUUUUUCUUUUUCAAUCAUAUUUAUGGUGUGUUUGAGCCUCUGAAUAAAGUUCUCCAUAAUCCAGAA